UAUAUAAAAGUAAAUCGAAAACAAGGGUACCCAUAUUUUUUCAUUUUUCGAAAUUAUGUACUUUUCAUUCAUAAUUUCGAGUUUGAAAUUCAGUGUAUUCUAAAAAGACGUAAGCGCCAAAUUACGGUUGAAUGGCGAUAAUACCUUUGCCUCACUGAGAUGCGUAAAAAAACCUAAACAUAGACGUCUAACGUCUAAUGUAUCUAUUGUCAUUGAGAACUUGUCAAACUCGUUGGCGAGCUUGUGAUUGUGUGAUUACAAAUUUUGUUAUUUUUGUGUUGUUAUCCUCAUUACUAACUCAUCAUGAAAGUUUCGGAAGGAUUCCUAGUUGCCGAUAGCAGAAACUUGCCGAAAGUUGACUAUAUAAUGCUAUUGCAAUAUAUGCACGAAAAUGAUUGCUAUAAUAUUGCAGAAACACGUAGUGCCAAAGCAUUACUAGCGUCACGUGAAGCAUAUGUAGACACAGCUGUAGGAUACGUAGAAGUCAAGCGAGACGGAAACUUAUGCACUGUUAAAUGCAGGGUAACACCGGAACAUAAGGUAAAAGCUAGGCUUUAUCAGGUUACAGCUGUAAUCGAUGAAUCUCUUGAGAAGAUUAUCACAGUAGAAUGCAAUGACUGUGUAGCUUCUGCAGGAGGCUGCAAGCACGCCAUAUGCUUUACCAUGUGGCUGAUAAAACGGUCAGAUGAACCAUCGACUACAUCUACUCACUGUUAUUGGACUAAACCAAAACUAGCUGGAGCUGUAAGUCACCAGAACUUCAUCUUGGCAAAAAACAUUGGCAAAAAGAAGAGAACUCCAGAUAAUGUGGACAUGACUGUUAGUAUUGGCAUGUUUUCGGAAGAAUGUAAGAAACGUAAAGUUGUAACAGGAAUGAUUUUAAAUUACUGUGGAAAUCAACAGCCCCAGUUAAAUGACUGUAGUGUGUUCAAUUUAGUGCUGCAGUUUAUACACCAAGUAGAUGAUCACUGUUACAACAAUUUUAAAUCUUUUUCUGCAAGUAAACUUACUGUAGAUGUACUUGAAUCGAUUGCUGAAGCUACAAAAUCUCAAGCUGACUCUAAAUUGUGGCAUUCUAUGCGUCAAGGGAGAGUCACAGGGUCCAAGAUCUAUGAAGCUAUUCACUGUAAAACAGAGAAUGGUGCCUUAGUACAAAGCAUUCUCGGAGGUUACAAGGUGCCAGAAACCAAAGCCAUCAGAAGGGGCAAAGUGUUAGAAAAAGAAGUAGUCAAGGAGUUAGAAAAAGAAUUCGGAGCAAUUCAACACACAGGGUUGAUUUUAAUAUCCCCUAUCAUUGGAGUAUCACCUGAUGGGAUUUGUAGCGACUUUGUGAUCGAAAUAAAAUGCCCUAUAAGUGAGAAUACAAUAAAAAAUUAUGUGAGAGAUGGUAUACUAUGUGAAAAAUAUAAAGCGCAGAUUAUGGUUCAAAUGCAUGCUGCAAAAAAAUUAAAAGGACUGUUUUGUAUUGCUGAUCCUACUUUUGAACAAACUAAACUCCUACAUAAGUACUGGGUAGAUUAUGAUAAAAAGUAUGUGACAGGUUUAUUAGAUGGAGCUGAAGAAUUUUGGAAACAAUUUAUUUUUAAAACAGUUUUACAAAGUGCUAAAUAAAAAUCAGUAUAAAUCGUA